AUGUCGCUGCGAUCAAGUAAACCAGUGAGGCAGGACUACAUUGCCAAGGUUAGGUAUACCAACAGUCUACCCCCUCCGCCGUCGAACCCCAAACUCAUCCAAUACAAUACCACCACCCCCAUCACGUCCAAAACAGAGGGCGAUCAGUUGUUAUCAUCGUUAUUUCGAAAGGAAAACUUUCGCAGCCUUCUAGAGAGAAUAGAUGACCAAUUGGGACUCGAUUUGAACUUGAUUGACAAUGUUGGAUUCUUGGACAAUGGUGAUCAAUCAAGUAUCGGGCAGUUGAAGGACAAGCCGGUUGCAUUGCAUCCAAAGGAUAGGGUGUUGUUGAGAGAUGCGGGGAUCGGUAAAAUAGAGAGGUCAGACCAGACGGUCUCUUUUUUGAGAAGAACAGAAUACAUAUCGGAGCAGUCGUUGCCAAAAUCAAGUGCAGUGAGCACCCACACAGAAGAGACCAAGGUUAACGAGAAACUAAAGAACAGCGAGGAACACAGCUUGGAUGCAGGGCACCAAUUGAAGGCAGUGGAAGAUAGUUUUGAUGCAGCCAACGCAACCCUCAAUAACUUGUCUAGCUUAAGGCACCCCAGAAAGAAAAACGCCAAAGCGGUUGCAGCUUGGCCGUUGUUGCCAGAUACAUCAAUGAUGGACAACGUGUUUAUGAACUUGAGGUUCUUGGGAAGUGCGUCGCUAAAGAGGGAGUUGGAUGUGACAAAAAGGCAACAGGGUGCCAAGUACAAUGAGCAAUUGCAAAAACAAAAACAGGAGUCGGCAAUUUUCAAGCCCAUUAAUUCACAAGACGGAGAGUGGAUCUCAUUGUUUGAGUUGGAUGAUGAAAAGCAGGUAUCGAAACUUCACCGAGAGCUACACUCGGCAUCUACAGAGAACCCGGCCACGCUAGAAACCACCGAUGAUACCCCGACGGACUACACAUUUGAGUUUGCGAAAAACUAUGAUAUGCAGUACCAAGGGUUUGCCAAUCCGCAUCAGGAGCUAGCAGUCAAGUUCGUACCAGAUGAGCAAGCGCCAAAGAGGAGGAAAGUAGCUCUCUUCUUACCAGUGACCGGGAAGAUCGAGUUAAGAAAGCAUAGAGCUUCCACCAACUCUGAAAUCAACAAAUUCAUCAAAGAGAGAACGUAUGACGGUAUCAAAUUCAGACUUAGAGAGCCAACAACUGAUGAGUUGAAAGAUAUGGACA